AUGGGUGUUGCUGGUAAAGCCGCAGGUUGGGAAUUUCAGGCCCCUCGCAAAGAUUUUUGGCACAAGAUCACUCUCGAGCGUGGCAAACAUCACACCGUUGGAAAAUUGAUUCACAAAACUUCAGGUGUCGUUUUGUCUGCUUCCACACAGGAAAGUGCUAUAAGCAAGCGAUUGUAUAGCACUGUUGAUGUUUCUGCAGCUGAAAACAUUGGUCGUAUUUUGGCACACAGAUGCCAUUGCAUGGGAAUCACCACAGCACUCUUUGAUGUAACUGAAACACCACUGACCAGCACAAGAAAUAAGGCCUUCCACGACGCUCUUCUGGAGUGUGGCUUGGAAUUGGAGGAGCCGAGUAUCUCUAGGCCGGAAAGUUAUGGUAUAGACUAUGAUUCUCUGUCCCUUGAAGAGAAGAGGUCUCUUUACCCAAGUUUAAUUGAAGAACUACGUACGACUCCUGACUGGGGUCAACAGACUUACCCUUAUUCACUGCGCCCGUUAGCAGGUAGAAGGAAGCUUAAGAUGGAAUAUCAGGUCCUGUCGAAGGUGCGCCAAGGAUACAUAUGGGACCGCUUUUACGCUCGCUUGGUGAAGCCAGAGCAUUUGGCUGCGUGGCAAGUGGAGCAACAAAAAAUUCAGGAGGAAACUCUUGGCAGACCACCUCCGUCCUUGGAUUCGCUAGAGGAGCCUGCUGAACCCUUUGUCCCCGAGAAGUGGAGCACGGAAGCUGCCGAUAAUAGUCAGAAGACAUCUGAAGAAAAUGUAACAACGCCAUUGCCUGUGAAUAAAGAGAUGGAAGAUCUUCUGGCUAAAAGCGCAAAACUGUUGCAAGAACGCAAUGAAUUUGAGGAUAAAUACAAACGCGCUUUGGCUGAAGCCGAGAACGUAAGAAAAAGAAUGCUUCGACAGGUAGAGGAUGCGAAGUUCUUCGGGAUUCAGUCCUUCUGUAAAGACCUUCUUGAGGUUGCCGAUGUGCUUGGGAAAGCUACUGAAAGCGCUCCUGAGGAUCAACUCAAAGACGGCGUUAAUCCUCAUUUCAGGCACCUAUUUGAGGGUCUAAAAAUGACCGACGCCCAGUUGUUGAAAGUUUUUUCCAAACACAACCUACACAAAAUUGCACCUGCUAUUGGCGACGCUUUCAAUCCCAACAUUCAUGAGGCUAUGUUUACCAUUCCUGUGAGCGGUGAAAACAAACCGAAUACAAUUGCCGUCAUUCAAAAGGUAGGCUACAGUCUGCAUGAUCGAACUCUUCGUCCUGCCUACGUCGGAGUUUUUACAGCCUAA